AUCUGCUUGUCUGCCAUCUGCUCUGCUGCUACUUCAAUAAUAGCUUGCAGCUGCAAAGGAAGGAGGGAACGGUGGAGGGGACGAACCCAGAGGGGUGAGGGGAUAAACGGAGGGCAGGCAGGAGAGAGAAGGAAGGAAGGAAGGAGGGGGCGGUGAAAGCAGAGCUGUGAUGCAGACAGUGAAUCACAUGAGCAGGGAUCUGUUUACAAACUGAGAGCUGCAGAUGAGAAGUGGAGAAGAGAGACCAAGGAGAGUGAAUGUGAGAGUGAAACAGAGGAGGUGAGAGCAUGGAUCAGAAUUAAGAUUAGUGCCGUUGUCUUCCUGUGUUACAAACCCUCCGCUGUGUUCUGCGUACGGAGCAGGAAGGCAGAUGGAGGUGCUUGGAUCCGCUUUCCACAGGAGCACCGAGAGGACUGCCUGCCUCUCACUACCUGCCCAGAUAACAGGCUGAGCUGCUGGGAUAUUCAUCCAUGUCCAUUCCCUUUGUCUCUCCACAGCAGGCUAUUCAAGCCAGAGAUAAGAAGAGUGACACAAGGAUCUAAAAGGAGAACAGAGAGGACGAAGAAGAAAGGAAAGUCAAUAAAACAGUGAAUGUGCUCAGCCAGAGGUUUAUACCUGAAAGAGAUGCGGAAUUGUAUCCGUUUCUUCUCUUAAACAAGACUCAACGCAGGUUUCUUUGUCAUCCACAGUGAAGAAACAAAGGAUUAGUCAGAUCUCAGCUGCUGAUACUUGAACAGUCGAUGGGAGUAGAUCACUUUGUGACGACAAAUCAUCAAACAGAUGGAGGAGCUCAGAAGAACAGUGGGUUAAUUAGUGGAUGUGUCCUUGUGUUUUAACUCCAGGCUACUUAACACUUCACACAUCUUCACUGUCAUUCAUCAACGAAAACCUGAGUACAGGACACCUGGUUUUAGUCACCAAUCCUAGAGAAUCAGUUCAAGCAGUAGUUUUUGAGAAACUGGAGAGUGGAAACCCACAACUUUUCGCCGGUGUUUGCCAGUAAAAGUUUCGCAUGUUGGAUGAAGUGUUGUUACAGGUGUCUGUGUGACUUUGGACUGCAGGACUCCGGCCCUUACUGCAAGAUGACAUCUGAAAAUUUCUUCAACCUGCCGCUUAAUAUCUACAUCAUUAUCCUGGGCAUCGGCCUCUUCAUCCUCAUGCUUAGCCUCAUCUUCUGCUGCUACUUGUUCAGACUGAGAAGACAUGGUGCAAGAGAGCACUAUGGCUACAAUGAGGUGGUUUUAAAAGGAGCAGGAAAGAAGCUGAGUCUUCUUGGUCAAACAUGUGCAGUGUGUUUGGAAGAGUUUCGCAGCAGGGAUGAGCUUGGAGUAUGUCCGUGUUCCCACGCUUUUCACAAGAAAUGUCUGCUGAAAUGGUUAGAAAUCCGGAGUGUGUGUCCAAUGUGCAACAAGUCAGUUUGUCGAAUCCAGUCUGAGCCUCAACAAACACCUGAGCAGCCACAGAGUCUCUCGGAGGUCUGAUAAAGAUGCCAUAUCCAGCAACGAUGAGCACUCUCCAUUCAGCUGAACUGUCUCACAGUGUUUUAGUAUUUAUUCAGAUGUAAAUAUUUUUCUGAGGCAGACCUGCUCUUGCUGAAAAUUUUAAAUAAAUGUCAUUGUAGUUAGAUGAACGUUGCUUGGAAAACAUAUGAAGGGGACAUUGAGACACAUGAGGUAGUGGUAAUGACAUUUUACUAAAGCUCUACAUGGAGUUUAUAAAUUAAAGCAAGUGCUCAGGUUGCCUUGAAAGUCAGUAAGCAGGGCUGGAAACGUUGCUACACCUGAGAUACCCGACUUCAGGAUGAGAAUCGGAAAUUACUUUUUUGUUUGACUGACCAGGCUAAUUGGUAACACUCUAAUAUCCUGGAUUUUGUGCAAACAAAAUGUUGCAGUUUCUCUAUGUAGGUUUUAUGAAACAAAAACUGAGGUUGCAAAAAAAAGACGCAGUUAUUACUGUCCUGUUUUAUGUGUGAGGCAGCCAUGUUGGAUUAAACAAUUUUAGUAAGCUAGCCAGGGACGUUCCUAUAACUUUGAACUCAAUUUGAAGGCAUUGGGAAUUUUUAUUACUGAGAAUGCCAACAUUCUCCGUAGAUAGGUCCAGGCUAAUGCUAAGUGCCUUAAAGUCAAAAAGACCAUAGUUACCAGACAGGUUUUCAGCAAGAUAUUUCAUUCUGUUUAGUGCCAGCACAGACGUGAAGUGACUUCCCCAAGGCACAGAGUAUGUAUUGAAGGCUUCGGGUGGCAAAAAGACAUAUAAGGUAUUUGCUCUUUGCAUGUUUGUGACUUGUUGUUUAUUGGUUGCUUCAUGUCUUAUAUGUGUAAAAAUUUUAUGUGAAUUUGACAAGAAAGCAUGUUUCUUUUCAACUGCACAUUGACAAUGUGUCACAGACACAGAAAAAAGUCAUGUGGUUUUUGUCACGGCUUAUUACGUUUGUUUAAACAAAAAUGCUCCUCUUACAUGGCAGUGACACUGGCAUAGGAUCCGGACUCUCCUGUGUCUAUGUGACUUCCUCUGUCCUCCGACUUUCAAACAGUUUUUAGUCGUUAGAAAUGUUGUGCUGUCAGGGUUGCACAGUGACUGAAUGUUCCCAGUAUACUGAGGGUGAUUUUCUGUACUAUCCAAUGAAAUAGAUCAUUUCUGCCUCAGAGAAUGUUUGCACAGCAACUUUUCCCUCAAAGAUAUUCAACCUUGUUAAAACAAUGUGUUUUGUUUUUAGCAAGAACCCUAAUAAAAUGAAGACUGUACUUUAGGAAGAAGGAGAUUAAGCCCAUGAUACAACAUCAAUUAACAUCAACUUCUCUCAAACCUGAUUAUAGGAGCAAAAACCAGAACAAAGGAUGCACAGGUUCUCCUAAAUAAGAAGAAAAUCCACAAAGAGUUUUUUAAUUUCACAAAACGUGUCAACUAUGAACUAACCAGAGGGUUGUGUGCCAUCUGUCUUCAUACAAACAAGAAAAAAGCCUAAGCUAAGAUGCCACAAUGACAAGAAAAUUGCUUGGAGGAGUUAAAGUAAAGCCUUUUAAACCUAAGAACAUUGUUCCAGCUGUCAUGCAUGGUGGUGUUACCAUCAGGCUGCUUUGUUGCCAAUAGAUCAGAUUCAUUGCACCAAGUGGAUAAAAUAGUGUGUUGGAGCAGGGAUGCAUCCAAAACUUCUGUAUGUAAGCUCCUUACAAAAAAACAUAUGUUUAUGCCCAUGUGACUUUUUAAAGUGGUUGCUAAAUUGUUUGUAUCAUAGGUGGGUUUCAAUAAAAUCUUGAGUGUGUCAGUGAUGAUAAACAUUGUGAUCUAUGAUAUGUGGUACCUGAUAAAAAUGGGACCGAACCCAAUUUAUUAUCUUCAACAACAUUAUUGCUUUUACUGGUCGGAAGAAUUUUUGUUGAUCGCUGAGAGAUAAAGAGGGUCUUUAAGCUGGUGUCUUGUUGGUGAGAUGUGCACCUUAAACAUAAUUAUCAGUGUGAACAUUGUUGUAUAGUACUGUGUAAAUAAAAACUGACUUUUAUUUAAAAAAAAAACAAACACAA